ACCCUUCGGCACCUAAAGUCCGCUCUGAUCCGCUCAGGUGCCGCAGAAAAGCGACGCCGCCGCCGCAGCAGUCCGUGUUCUCCAACCCCGACCGGCCGAGCCGCCCUCCCUCUCCUCCCUAGCGCCCGCGUGCGCCUCGCAGCUGAGCGCCUGAGCCCCCUCCUCCCCGUCCCCGCGCCUGGACUCCGGCUUUCGUUUCCGAGCGGCCAAUUUUCCCUUUCCUUUCCCUUUCUCCGUUCCACCCUCUCGGCCUUAUUUCCUAGCGGCGACGACAAGGCGAGCAGCCACUGCCAGGUCUUUUGUCGGCCGACCAUCUGGCCUUCGUCGGGCGCCGGCGACGAACAUCCGACAGAUUAGGUUUUUAAAAUGGCUGAAAUAAAAUUCUUUGCUGGACGGACAUAACAAGGCCUACCUGAGAAGGAGGUGCUCUUGUGCAAGGCGAAAAGUUGCAUUGCUUUUUGUUUUUUCCUUGUUGGUCUCUUUGCAGUUGCAGGGACAGGGACAAUAAACACUUUAGUGUGGGAGACUACCAGUAUAUCUUCCUUUUGCAGUUGCAGGGGUUGUGCCUUUGGUGUUGACUAUUUGAACGAUGUGCAGAGUUUAGGCUAAGUAACACGCUACAGAUGUUCAUUAAUGCUCCGCAGUAGGAGAAAUAUUAAAUUCUUCGUUACCAUUGUAAAGUUAUUAUGCUCUUGUUAUUCUGAUAUUAACAAUUUGAGUUAGUGUGCAGAGUAGGUCAUAAGAAGCGGUUGGAAUUAGUUUUGCAAGAACGUGGGACCAUAUAGAGUUAUAUUUUGGGAUUGCAGGUCUUACUAGCUGCUCCUUUUUUGGGGCAGUUAGCCUGAGUGUUCAAAAUGAAUGGGAAAGUCAGUUGGACUUAUUUUGAAUCAUGGCGGAGCACUUGGCUUCAAUAUUUGGUACAGAGAAAGAUAGAGUCAACUGCCCAUUUUACUUCAAGAUUGGGGCUUGUCGUCAUGGGGAUCGUUGCUCACGCAUCCAUAACAGGCCAACCAUAUCACCAACUCUUGUGCUCGUUAACAUGUAUCAACGCCCUGACAUGAUCACCCCUGGGGUUGAUGCUCAAGGCCAGCCAAUUGAUCCCCGCAAGAUGCAGGAGCAUUUUGAAGAUUUUUACGAGGAUAUUUUUGAGGAACUGAGCAAGUUUGGUGAGAUUGAGAACCUCAAUGUCUGCGAUAACCUUGCUGAUCACAUGAUAGGCAAUGUCUAUGUCCAGUUCAGGGAGGAAGACCAGGCAGCUGCAGCUCAUACAGCCCUUCAGGGCCGCUUUUACUCUGGCCGCCCAAUUGUUGUUGAUUUCUCCCCAGUGACUGAUUUUCGUGAAGCGACCUGCAGGCAAUAUGAGGAGAACAGCUGCAAUCGUGGCGGAUAUUGCAAUUUCAUGCAUGUGAAGCAGAUUGGUAGGGAUCUGAGGAAAAAGCUCUUUGGGCGUUACAGGAGGCCACAUAGAGGAAGGAGCCGCAGCCCUAGCCCAGUUCACAGGAGGGAGCGUCGUGACCGAGAUGAUUACCGCCACGGCGGUGGUGGCGGUGGCCGUGGCCGUGAUGACUACCGUGGUGGUGGUGGCGGUGGCCGUGGCCGUGGCCGCGGGGGUGGAGGCAGCAGGCAUGAAAGGUACGAUGAUGGAGGGAGGCGCAGGCAUGGUGGCAGCCCCCCUCCCAGGCGUGCAAGAAGCCCAGUCAGGGAGAACAGCGAGGAACGCAGGGCUAAGAUUGAGCAGUGGAACCGCGAAAGGGAGGAAAAGCAAGGGUGAGUCCCUUCAAGGUGGUUAAGGCAGUGGCAGACAUUAUCAGUUAAGUCGUCAGACUGUUUGCUGGUACCGUUUUAUGCUGUGUGUUAGAGAUUACUAUUUUGUCAGAAUUGUGUUUUGAGUUGGAUGAUGUGUAGGGUAAGGAUUCUAAAUUAUUUCACCCCAUGGGACUCUGAAACUAUCAUUUGUGUGUUGGCAAGCAUUUUGUCAGGCUGUUGUGCGUUUCAGACCAUUGUACAAUGCAGCUUUCGAUUAUGCGUAUAUGUUACAUUGCUACUGC